GGCAAUAGGAAAAGAAACAAUAAUUAAGAUUUUCUUGUAUCUUGUAUGGUUGUAUGCAGUUCAGUUACGCUCUCGGUUUCGGUAAGAUUAGAGCGUACCGAGUUAUUUUUGGGGGCCGCUGCCUUUUAAAGCCUGUUCUGUGUGCGUGUGUGUGUGUGUUAGGCGCGUGUUGAUCAGUCUUCCUGGUGGCGAAAAUGCUCCCUACUACCCUGGUGCUCCUGGGGCUACUAUGCUUCUGGGGGGCGGAAAUCGAGGGCACCGUCACAACUGAGGACAUCAGACAAGCCAUCCUUCAGAUGGUCAAUGUGGCAAGGAAUACCGAUGACAAGCUCGAGAGACACGAGUUCCGUGAAAAACAGUUGGGAGAACAAUUGAAAAAGGGCCUGAUCAAUAUUGACAAAAGAAUUAAGAUGUUAGACCCCCUUAAGGGUGCGGUCAGCAGACUUGACGAACGUUUGGCAACGGUCGAGACGAUUUUGAUGCAAAAGGAAAAAGAAGACAGAGAUAGGCAGGUGCAACAACAACAAAUUUAUGACAUCGUUUUGGAUAUUCAGAAGAAAUUGCCUGCCUUGCUAGAUCAACUUAAUGCUGAUAUAACAGAAAAGGUUUAUAUGACGAUUCCGCCGGCUGAGAUAAGCGAGCCGAUGAUGACCAAGAAGGAUUUCACCGAAAUGGAAAACAAAGUGGUAAAACAGAUGGAGAACGUCAGCACCACCGUAAGAAAACUCGAAAGCGAACUGACCAAAAUCCGUACAGAGAGCAUGAACAGUAUUAGUGACCUCAACAACAAAUCCAGCCAAAGUUUGGAAAUCGUGAAGCGCCAAUUGGAUAGCAACGAGCAUCUGCUCGAGAAAUACGAGAAUAAACUGGCCGAAUACAAUAACCGUAUCCCGGAAAUCCCGGUUAUCAAUUACAAGGAACAGGACGAAUGGAAGGACCAUCUCCUGAAAGCUUUGGAAGUGCAAAAAACCCAAGUAAAUGAGGUCGUAACAAACGUGCGACUGGUGCAGAGCCGCAUAAACGAUCUCCCACAAAAAACCGACGUGGAACUGACACAAAAUUUAACCAUGGAAAAGCUUGAAGAGAUCAAAGAGAAAAUACCGAAAGGGCAUUUGGGACCUUUGGAGAACCUGGAAGGCGCUUUGAAGGAGGUGCGUGCGGAAGCCGCCAAAAAUCAUGACGUUGUUAAAGCCUCGGUUAAUGAACUUACUGAUAUUACUUCCCAUUUGACCGAGCAGUUUUCAAGUAAUUACGAGAAUAUUAGGACCGAAAUCCAAAACAUAGCAAAACUGGAACAUGUGAUUAUCCAAACUGGUGAUAGCGUCAUGGAUACGAAACGUCGCGUGGAAUAUGGUGUGCAUCAGAUACUAUCAGAAUUGGAGAAGCAAAUGAAGGCCGGAUCUCUUGAGAUCAAUCAAGGGAUUAAUGAAAGAUUCGAAGCGUUCGAGUUAUCGAUCCUGGAUGAGGAAUAUGGCGCCCUGCACAAUUUGACGUCGAAAAUCCAAGAAGAAAUCGGAAGAGUCUGGAGGCAAAUUGGCAUAAUGCACCAACAAAUGAGCGCCAGUACUGACACUUUAAAUAAAUUACAAAAUCAGACUGAUGUUUACGUAAGCGGUUCCGUGGACGUCAUGGACAGCAUGAAAGGAAAAGUCACCCAAAUAACUGGCAAAAUUGAAGAACUAGAUGGAAAUCUAAACUUCUUGGUAGGAAAACUCUCUUUAGUAUCUCAGGAAUUCAACAGGAUAAAAUCGGGUUUGGGAUCUACCCUAGACGAGAUCCGGUCCAGCUUCCAAAAGGUCCAGGAAGGCAUUAAGAAGGACAGGGGCCCUGGCCCGCAUAAGAUUUCUAGCAAUGAAAUAUUAGAUGUUCCACCAUCCAGAUAGAAUAAUUCAGUCGAUGCAAUAUUUGCAGCAGUGAUUAGUUUUUAGAAUUUUGUAUGAAUUCCUAUUAAUUUCACAGUAUACGUAUUUUUAUUAUACAGGAUAUAUUACGGAAUUAACUUAAUAAGGAUUUAUUUUAAGGUAUUUUACACGAAAUUGUACCAAAGCAUUAAUAAAUUAAGCGAUUUAUUA